UGGCGUCCGUCACUAUGGUAACACAGGUGAAGCUAUCGAUACGGCCACACAACACAACACCUGUUCACUAGUACCCUCGGCAAGUGGCCUGUAGUUUACACAAGUGUAUUUGCCGGACCGGCUCUAAUACUUCGACAAAAUGGUGCGCGAACUGAACAUGGACACUCAGCGCCAGAACUUCUGGAAGGAGUCCAUCAAAAAGGAGGCUUACGUGCGUCUCCACUGGCUGGAGAAAUACAGCAAGGACUUCAACCGGGCCAGGAGCUCGCUCAACCGACCUCGCCGGGAGGUGGCCGCGCCUGAAGCAACCAAGAGCCAGAGUGCUCUACCCGCUAUUACCAAACGUCAGGUUCCCUGGUACGGUAAAAAGAAGGAGAAGGCGUCCGACUUUCUGCUGGAGAAGGCGAGCGACCCGAACGCCUUGCUGGUAGAGAUGCGGCCGGUGUCCACACACACACGGAAACUGUUGUAUGACGGGUUCAGCAAGGAGGGCACUGGGAGGUACCAGUACUUGUCAGUGCGGAAGCUGCAGAGACCCGAAGACAAGUAUGAGUACCCGCUGACCAGCGCCUGGGAGUACGGCUGGAAGCUGAACGAGGUCGUCUCCGAGAUGAAGGCCCCUCAGUUUGGCCGGAGCCGGAUCGUGCAGGACACCUUCUAUCGCAACAAAGGCAUCAUUCCUCUGGGCGACAUCGCCACUGUACAUGUGUAAAUAGAGUCAUUUUUCCUGACAGGAAAGUUUGUC